ACUUAAAAAAUAAAACUUUAAUUUCUUGUAAAUAAAUUAAAAACAUCAGUAAUAGUGAUAUCGUUAAAUAACUACAGCAUUCGGAACAAUGAGAAUUGUUUUGUCUUCUUAAUAAAUUCAAAAUAUGAUGAUUUUCUGAGUUUUUAUCGCUCCACAAGCCAAACUUAAUCUAUUUAUCUUAUCGCCAAGAUUGAAGAUCAAAGAACGUUUUGAGAAGCUGCUCUUAAGUUUCUCAGAGUAGGUAUGUAGUGAAUCAUAAACAGCAGCAUCAUACGUGCCAGGUGAUCUGUUCCUAACGAGAAUCCAUAUCACUACCGACAAAGUGGAGGCUUCGGCCAGUUAGUUCGGAACGCUGGGUACACUAGUGAGCCUUAUAAUGGAUAGGGCAGCAUCCGCCGAAUGUAAUGAAAUCGCAACACUGAGACAUGCGAAAUACUUUGUUCGGUUCCUGAAUAUCCUUCCUGCUCGACUUGCCUCACACGAUUCUACCAGAGUUACAAUUGCUUUUUUCGCCGUGAGUGGAUUAGACGUCCUAGAUGCAUUAUAUUUACUUUCGGACUCCUUCAAAUCGGACAUCGUCAAUUGGAUCUAUAAUUUACAGGUUGUACCAAAGCCUGGUGCAAGGCCGUGUGGUGGAAUUCAGGGAUCAAACACUUGGAACAUUGCUAAUUCACCAGAAUGUUGCGGAUUGGAUGCAUACCGGUGGGGGCAUUUGGCCAUAACCUACACAGGAAUAGCGGUACUGGCGGCACUUGGUGAUGAUUUUUCUCGGCUGAACAGAAAAGCAAUAAUUGAAGGCGUGGCCGCCGUACAGCGAGAAGAUGGAAGUUUCAGUGCUACAAUCGAAGGCAGCGAGCACGAUAUGCGUUUCGUGUAUUGUGCUGCAGCAAUCUGUGCUAUGCUAAACGAUUGGGGUAAAGUGGACAAGCGAAAAAUGGCAGAUUACAUCAUGAAGAGCAUUCGCUACGACUAUGGUAUAAGUCAGCAUUACGAAAUGGAAUCGCAUGGAGGGACCACAUUCUGUGCAAUAGCUGCUCUACAACUCAGUGGACAGUUGCAUCUUCUGGAGCCGAUAGUUAAGGAAAAAAUCAUUCGAUGGCUUGUUUUCCGCCAAGAAGAUGGUUUCCAGGGUCGUCCCAACAAACCGGUGGAUACGUGCUAUUCCUUCUGGAUAGGAGCAACGCUUAAAAUCUUGGACGCAUUCGAAUUGACCAACUACAAAUCUAAUCGUGACUAUGUCAUGUCGACGCAAGAUAUAACAGUUGGAGGCUUCUCGAAAUGGCCCGGUUCGCAUACUGAUCCGUUUCACACGUACUUUGGCAUCUGUGGAUUAAGUUUCCUGCAGGAGCCCGGUUUGAAUCAAGUUGUACCAAGCCUGAACAUAUCACUGCGAGCCUUCGACAGACUGAAACAGUUGCACGCAGCUUGGGAUUUGGAAGCACAGUCUGAUGUGAGAGUAAAUAUUGAAUAAGUGACUGGAGCUCACUGCGAAUUUGUCAAAAUCGCACACUAAUAAAAUACGUUAUUCGGUAGUUACAAAACGUUCGAUGGUAACCAGCAUUGUUUUAUUCCUUGUUUGCUAGUAUGUGAUUUUUUUUAUUGAAUCAAAAGUGGUCUCCAUUGCAUAUUUUUAUAUUUUGCGGAAGAAAAUCGGGUACGAGCAAUAUGUCGUGUAAAUGUAUGAUACAGCUAGCUUCGUAGAAAUACAACGAUUUCAGAAAAAAAUACCAACCAACGUUAUCUUAUUUUAUGAUACCUCAUUCCAACGCACUGCAGUAGCAA